AUGAAAGAUGGCACCGACUUCACCGAGACCGGAGCAUAUGCAAGGAUAUACAACUUCAUCCUGAUGGUUGAUGACUCGAUAAAGAGCUCGGAGCAAAAGAAGAGCAAGCUGCACACAGACCUCCUUGUAGGGAUAGCUAAAGUUGUAAGGGGCACAGAGAAGGAUCAAUCUACGCAAAGAUAUGCAAACGUUGCUGCGAAGGUCGUGUUCAAGAGGAUACGUGAUGAGUAUGAUGACGAGUACUUGAAAAACUCAUUUGGAAACGAGAUAAGAUUAGAUUAUGGCACCGGGCACGAGCUAAACUUCCUAUGCUACCUUUACACUCAGUACUGCAAGGGGACAAUCGCCAUAGACUGUGUGUUCACCACCCUUAUGGAGUACUUCAAUGUCGUUAGGCUCUUUGUAACAAAGUUCAAUCUGGAGCCUGCCGGAAGCCAUGGAAUAUGGGGGCUGGAUGAUUAUCAAUUCCUUCCCUUUCUGUUUGGAUCCUCAGAACUUUGCCACACAAACCUCAGGUUCGACGAACUAGAUGAUACCAAGUGCUACUUCGUUGCCGUGAAGAAGAAGCUGGGUGGUUCCUCACAGAUCCUCAAAAGCAUCAUGGAUAAAGACUGGCCGGCAAUCAACAGAGGAAUGAUCAGGAUGUACGACGACUAUGUCUUGAGGAAGCACGUCGUGACACAGCACUUCAUUUAUGGAGAGUACCUGAGAAGAGACAAAGACAGUGUCUAA